AUGAAGCUGUUUUCUACUACAAAUACAUUACUGCUAGGCUGUCUGGUCAGUUUUGUGCAUACAAAGUCUGUCGAACUGAAUGCUGAUAAUAUAAACACUGCCAUCAGUUCAGGUACUUGGCUUAUCGAGCAUUUUUCACCUUACUGCAUUCACUGCAGAAAUUUUGCACCUGACUGGAAGAGAUUAUCAGAGGAUUUAGAUUACCUUACAGAAGAAAGCAACUUUCAUUUUGGAACCAUUGAUUGCUCCACGCAAGGAGACUUGUGCGAAGCACACGGUAUUAUGGGUUAUCCCACUGUGCAAUUAUGGGAAAAUGGAGACAAAGUGGAGCAAUACAAAGGUGCCAACAAAUAUGACCCUCUAACUGAAUAUAUCAAGCAAAGAAUUGCCUCUGCAUCCGACGCCAGCUUGGAACAACAGGUGCUUGAUGAAGAGGAGGAUGAAACUGUGCCUCCCGAGAUUGAAGAAGCCGAGGAAGAAGAAGAGCAAGAAGAGGAAGCAGAGGAAGAGGCAGAGGAAGAGCAAGCAGAGGAAGAGGAGACCGGUAUGUCUGCAGAGCAAGAUGCUGAUUCAGGUGUUUUGCCGAACCCUGGAGGCAUUUCAGUGAAUCUGGACAGUGAGCAAAUGAAAGAAAUUGCUGCCAGCAACGUGCCUUGGUUUGUCAAGUUUUAUGCACCAUGGUGUCCUCACUGCAAAAACUUGGCUCCCACAUGGACUGAAAUGGCAUCUCAAUUGAGAGGACAAAUUAAUGUUGGUGAAGUGAACUGCGAUGCCUUGCCCACUGUCUGCGAGACAUAUGAAAUUAGAGGAUUCCCCACUCUUAAAAUGUUUGGUCAAGAUGGCGAGCCUGUUCAGUACGCCAGUGAUCGCUCCUUGGUCAGCCUUAUGAAAUUUGCAAAUACGCAUGCAGGACCCUCCGUCAAGGAGCUGGAUACAAACGAGCUGGAGCAACACCUCAGCGUCAAGGAUGUAGCACUCAUCUACUUGCACAGCACCAAAGAAAACGAAAUUCCUGAACUCGUCCAAAAGAUCGCUGGUCAAUUCACUUCGACCAUCCCGGUUUACGCAACUCAAGAUGAAGGAUCCUUCAAGAAAUUCAACCUGGCUCCUUCAGAUUUACCUGCCAUCUUAAUCGCCAAGGACAACACAUUCCGCAUCUUUCCCAGCCACGAUUUUGUCAACACCAAGGCCAACCGUGAAGCACUUGCUACUUGGAUCGAAAAGGAGCAAUUUCCUCUUGUUAGUAAAUUGGGCCCUAGCAAUCAACAGAGUAUUUUGCAGGGCGAUGCACCUGUUGUGAUCAAUAUCGUCAAUGCCAAAGAUACAGUCAGUCAAUCCAAGUUUCGCAACAUUGCCAAUGUGUGGAGCAAAUCACUCAAAGCCGAUCAGAUCAAGGUUAUUUUCGCAGAGAUGGACCGUGCCAUGUGGAAGGAUUAUGUGCGCGACAAGUUCAACAUUCAGCAUGACGAAACUGCCAAAAUUGUCAUUUUUGAUGCACCCAACUACACCUACUUUACCAAGGAUAUCAACAAUGAGGUGCUUUCCAUUGAUAAGCCUGAGGGAUUGUAUGUAGGAUUGAAGAAUCUCAAGAAAUUGCAAGGAGAGUCGACUUUACUUGCGCAUCAAAAAGUCGGUGUCUCCAUCUCUCGCAGUAUUGACUGGAUCUUUGCCCACUGGUUCAUCAGCUUCUUGGGUUUUGGUCUCGUUGGUAGUUGUGUAUAUAGAUAUUUAACCUUCCAUAAUCCCAAGAGACUCGGCGGAAGUGUGUUGCCUUCGUUUAGACCUGCUGAUGCUUAUACUCACAAGGAUUGA